UACAAACAAGGAAGAACCCAAUGAGGAAACACCGUUGCAUUAAACCGGGUGAAGUAGUGGCCGCCGUUAUUGAUUUGUAAAAGGUACGCCGUUUUCUCACAAAGAUGUCCAAAAGACAUCGUUUGGAUUUGGGUGAUGACUAUUCCAGCAAGAAGAGAUCCGAAGGGCGUGACAGAGACUCAGAUCGAGACCGUGGGGAUCAUUCCAGAGACAGGGACAGAGACCGGGAUCGUGACCGUGACAGAGACCGGGACCGUGAGAGAGAUGUGAAGUCUUCAAGUGCACCACCUAAAAGCACACCGCCCAUCAUCACCAUGCCUCAGCUGAAGCAGAUGGCCAUGCAGCAGCAGAUCAAUCCAUUCACCAAUCUGCCGCACACGCCUCGCUAUUAUGAGAUCCUUAAGAAAAGGUUACAGCUUCCCGUUUGGGAAUACAAGGAAAACUUCAGUGACAUCAUCACACGCCAUCAGAGCUUUGUUCUUGUUGGAGAGACUGGCUCCGGCAAGACAACACAGAUUCCUCAGUGGUGUGUGGACAUUAUAAGGAGCAUUCCUGGUCCGAAGAGGGCUGUCGCUUGUACUCAACCAAGGCGAGUGGCAGCCAUGAGCGUGGCCCAAAGAGUGGCAGACGAAAUGGACGUGAUGCUUGGACAGGAAGUGGGCUACUCCAUCCGAUUUGAAGACUGCAGUUCUGCCAAAACAAUUCUAAAGUACAUGACAGAUGGUAUGUUGCUAAGAGAGGCGAUGAAUGACCCUCUUCUGGAGAGAUACGGUGUGAUUAUACUGGAUGAGGCCCACGAACGAACACUAGCCACUGAUAUUCUGAUGGGAGUGCUGAAGGAGGUGGUGCGUCAGCGAGCAGAUCUGAAGGUGAUAGUUAUGAGUGCUACUCUGGAUGCAGGGAAGUUCCAAGUGUACUUUGACAGUUGCCCCCUGUUGACGAUUCCCGGCCGCACGCACCCGGUAGAGAUCUUCUACACGCCUGAGCCGGAGCGAGACUACCUCGAGGCUGCCAUUCGCACAGUCAUCCAGAUUCACAUGUGCGAGGAAGAGGAGGGCGAUUGUCUUCUCUUCCUCACUGGUCAAGAGGAAAUUGAUGAAGCGUGCAAACGAAUCAAGCGUGAGGUUGAUGACCUCGGGCCUGAAGUUGGGGACAUCAAAAUUAUUCCACUGUAUUCCACAUUACCACCACAGCAGCAGCAGAGGAUCUUUGAGCCGCCACCCCCACGGAAACCCAAUGGUGCUAUAGGAAGAAAGGUUGUGGUAUCGACAAAUAUUGCUGAAACCUCUCUAACGAUUGACGGCGUAGUCUUUGUCAUCGAUCCUGGCUUUGCCAAACAGAAGGUGUACAACCCUCGUAUCCGAGUGGAGUCGCUGCUUGUCACAGCCAUCAGUAAGGCUUCUGCCCAGCAGAGGGCAGGACGAGCUGGCAGAACCCGUCCAGGGAAAUGUUUCCGCCUUUAUACAGAAAAAGCCUACAAAACAGAGAUGCAGGAUAACACGUAUCCAGAAAUCCUGCGUUCAAAUUUGGGGUCUGUGGUGCUGCAACUCAAAAAGUUGGGCAUCGACGACCUCGUGCACUUUGACUUCAUGGAUCCACCAGCUCCUGAGACACUGAUGAGAGCCCUGGAGCUACUCAAUUACUUGGCGGCUCUCAAUGAUGACGGUGACCUGACUGAGCUGGGUUCCAUGAUGGCAGAGUUCCCCCUCGACCCCCAGCUGGCUAAGAUGGUCAUCGCAAGUUGCGAGUUCAACUGCUCCAAUGAGAUCCUCUCCAUCACCGCUAUGUUGUCAGUCCCACAGUGUUUUGUUCGCCCCACGGAGGCUAAGAAGGCCGCCGACGAGUCCAAGAUGAGGUUCGCCCACAUCGACGGCGACCACUUGACACUGCUCAAUGUCUACCACGCCUUCAAGCAAAACCAUGAGGCGAACCAGUGGUGCUAUGACAACUUUGUCAACUACCGCUCGUUGAUGUCAGCCGACAACGUGCGGCAGCAGCUGUCCAGGAUCAUGGAUCGCUUCAAUCUGCCCCGCCGGAGCACAGAGUUCACCAGUCGAGACUACUACAUCAAUAUCCGCAGAGCGCUCUGCACCGGCUUCUUCAUGCAGGUGGCUCAUCUGGAACGAACCGGUCAUUACCUCACAGUCAAAGACAACCAAGUGGUCCAACUGCACCCAUCAACAGUCUUGGACCACAAACCCGAAUGGGUGCUCUACAACGAAUUUGUCCUCACCACCAAGAACUACAUUCGCACUUGCACAGACAUUAAACCAGAGUGGCUGGUCAAGAUUGCCCCCCAGUACUACGAAAUGAGUAACUUCCCACAAUGUGAAGCUAAACGACAGCUGGAGCGAAUCGUUGCCAAGCUAGAGAGCAAAGAGUAUUCCCAGUACUAAACGUUAACCAAUAACUGUCCUGAAAAAAUGACAGCAUACCAUAUAGUUUUAGAUCUUUCUGUAUCAUCGUAUCUUAAAACUGUUGACUCUUUAGCAUUUGGAUUUUUUUUUAUAUAUAUAUUUUCUUUGUUAGCUUUCAGUUGUCUCCCACAUUGUCCAUUCUUCAACUGUAAUGGCAGAAAGAAAUAUCAGCAAGCAUUGGAUCACUAUAAAUAUUUUCAAAAGAAGCAUUGUUUUGAUGUAGGAAAUUGUUGACUGCUGGCUUUGUUUCUUUAUUAAAGGAGCUUUGACUUACUA